UGCAACAACGAGGAAACUUGAUCGGUAGCUUCCUUAUCACGCCAGGGACACAUUUAAAAAUAAAAUUAAUAUAUUCUCUUUCAAAAAUAUUAUUAGUUGCUCAGCAAACAUGGCUGGCAUACCACCGGAUUCGUGGCAACCCCCUACAGUAUCGUUGGAGACUACUAUGGGAACAAUCGUGCUAGAACUGUACUGGAACCACGCGCCAAAAACGUGCAAAAACUUCGCAGAGUUGGGGAGAAGAGGAUAUUUCACCAACACCAAGUUUCACCGCAUCAUCAAAGACUUUAUGGUUCAAGGGGGCGAUCCAACUGCAACAGGUCGUGGAGGUGCAUCUAUAUAUGGCAAGCAAUUUGAGGAUGAAUUGCAUCCAGAAUUGAAAUUCACUGGAGCUGGAAUUCUUGCGAUGGCCAAUGCAGGGCCCGAUACAAACGGAAGCCAGUUUUUCCUCACAUUGGCUCCUACACAGUGGCUGGAUGGCAAACAUAGUAUAUUCGGCAGAGUGUGCCAGGGCAUGGGUGUUCUUAAUCGUAUUGGCAUGGUUGAAACGAAUAGUCAGGACCGUCCUAAGGAUGACAUUAAAAUUCUCAGAGUGACUUUGCCUAACUAAGGCAUUUUCUGGUUCAUUUUUGUACAGUCAUUUUAUUACAAUAAACUUUCAGUUUUCAUAAAACAAAA